UUUGUCUGCAACAUUAAUCAACGAAGGUUAUCUACUCCCAGCAGUGUGCUCGUGAUUUAAAACGCUGAGUUAAUUAAUUUUGUCGUUUAAUUUGGAAUCAAAAUUAGUCUAGUUUCUGCAGUGCUUAGCUCCGGAAGGGUUUGUCGGAAAAUGAAGUUUCCGUGGUCACAUUCGACGCUGGUUGAAGUUUUGAAAAAUGACUCCAAGCUUCACCACAAGUGCGAUAAGGUCUGCGAAGAUAUUGCUUCGCGAAAGCUGGAUCUGUCCGAGUUUGUAGAAGAACUGGGACCUGCUCUGACGCACGAAGAAUCGGCAAUGAGGUUGAAGGCGACCUCGUUGUUGUCGAGCGUUUUGGAAAAGCUACCAACGGAUUUUUUGUCGGAACAGCAACUUGAUUUUCUGGUAACUUUCUAUUGCGAUCGGAUGAAAGAUCACCAUACCAUUAUCCCGACGAUACUCGAUGGACUGUUGGCGUUGGCUAACAUGAACCACAUCCCGAAAGGAGCCGCGUGUAAACUGCUGAGCUCGUUGUUCCUGAGCAUUCCUUGUCAGAGCCAAGCAAAGGACGACCGCUCCAAAUAUAUGAACAUCAUCAAGAAAUUUUCUGAGACCCACGAGGAAGAGCUAAAGUCGAUGGGACCGGACUUUGUGUACGGUGUCAUUGGAGCAAUCGACGGAGAACGAGAUCCGCGGAACUUGAUUUUCCUGUUUAACUUUAUUCCAACGUUCCUGGCGCGCUAUUCACUGUUCCAUAUGGUUGAGGAAAUGUUCGAGGUGUUUGCGUGCUACUUCCCAAUAGAUUUUCAUCCCAAUCAGAACGACCCCGAACCGAUAACGCGGGAUAUGCUGGCGGUCAAGCUCGAAGAUUGUCUCUGCGGAACGAAGGAAUUUGCGGAGCAUUGCAUUGUUUUACUGCUGGAAAAGUUGGACAGUACUUUGAAUAUUGCCAAGCUGGAUUCGCUGCGUUUACUGAUUAAGUGUUGUCACGUUUUUACGAUCGCCGAAAUUCAGCCCCAGUUGGACGACGUGUGGAAAGCAUUGAAAUUGGAAAUGUUACCAGGAAGUGGAAACAAAGAAGUGUUUGACCUGGCACUGGAAGCUACCAAGAAGGUAGUUGUUGCCGCACAAACGGAUAGCAAAAUCGAGGAAAACUUCCUCACAAACGUUUUCAUCUCACUGUUGGGAGGAAUCUCGGACGUGGCUUCCAAACUUUUCAACAGCAGUAUUAAGAUCGCUCUGGAAUGUGCUUCGGCAUCGUCUGGGGCAGCGCUCUUCGUGACGAACAAGCUUGUGCCAUUGAUACUUUCGCAGCUACAAAUUGAUACACUCGGAGCACUGCAAAAGGUUGCAUUGAUUGAAGCUUUGCAACAAAUUUUGUAUGUGUGCAAGGAAAUGGGCAUUCUGCUGCAGCUGGAUAAGGAGAUUGUUGGAGCAGCCCAGAAACAAUUUAUACAAAUACUGGUCCAGGAGGACGAUGCCAGUGAGUUGAAGAAGCUGGCGUUUACAAGUGUUACGAAUAUUCCCCAGGUAAUUGCGGAUGAGAACAGAUUUGUCGUUUACACGAAUAUCGUCCACAUACUCCUAUCGGCGGGAAAUGAGCAGCUCAAUGUUGAAGAUUGUUUGUAUCAGUUUGCCGUGCAUUAUUCGGUUGAAGUCAUGAACGUUAUCGUUGACAAGCUGGUUGCCAACUAUGAUUCACCGUCUCCGUCAACUUUGCGGAUUUUCAACGCACUCGCUUGUCUGCUUCCGUUGGAACCGAUGCGCGAAAAGAUCGUGCAAUUUUUCCUCAACCUCGUUUUCGCCCAACAACAGGAAGUCAGCAUCUUCGUGCUACAAUCACUAGAAGUAGCUUUGCAGAAACCAACUGGAAGUGUGCUCGCGGAGGAACUGCACAUCAAGUACAACCUGAUUGACAAAUUCAACGAGCAAGUGCACGAGAAAAGUUCAUCGUACACAUCCGACUAUCUCUACGCCAUGUCAACGCUCAUGAAAGCUUUAAUGAAACAGUUGUCGCCAGAGGUACAAAAGAAAAUCGUAACAAAGCACUUGACGGGUAUGGAUUUGACACGGCUCACGGAUCUCUACCUGACUUCCGGUGUACUUGGGUACCUGGAUGAAUCGAUCACAAUCGAAGACCACUUUGAGAAUUUGGUACAUGAUCUAACCAAGUUAUCCCUCAACGCCGAAGAUGAGAACGUGAAAACCCUCUGCGACCAUCUGCUCUGCAGUCUCUUCAAUCGAAUGCCCGACGAUGAACACCAUCGAAACGUGCUGAUGAAGAUGCUAGCGUUCCUGCGGGAGGAGUUGAAGAGUCACAACAAGCGAGUCGUCGGCAUCUUGUCGUGGAUCGGGAAAGGCUUGCUUGCCAGAGGGCAUCCGCUAGCCGGAGAGUUAGUCGACGAUAUUGCCGACUUGUUGGACCAUCCAAGCCUUGGCCAUGCUGCGGCUCUUGCAUUUGAGGUUCUGUCUGCUGAAUUCCCUGCGCUGCAUUUACCGUUGAUCAAAAAUUUGUUCAAACAAAAACUGUUUGUAUUCGUGAUGAAGAAGCUGGAGCAGAAAGUUGAACAGUACGGCGAAACACAUUUGAAGGCGCUUGUGUUCGUGUACAAAAUUGCACCUCAUUUAGUGCUGAAGAUGAACAUGGAAAAGGUUGGUCCUAUCCUUCUGAAGUGCUUAUCGGUGGCCGACGACCAUGUGCUGGUAACAGCGCUCAAAAUUGUUCUUCAUUUUGUGAAGGAAGAAGAUGUUUUCUUCCGCGACCAUCUGCAAACCCUACUUCCUCAACUGUCCAAGUUAUCCGCUUUCGAAUCAUCAAUGAAAGUGCGUAUUCUUGCAUUGGAAUGUUUGCUUUACACCACCAAGUAUCCUCCGUUCUUGCUGUUGCCAUUUAAGCAGGACGUUUUGACGGCCUUGCAAGCUGCUCUGGACGACCACAAGCGUUUAGUGAGGAGCGCCGCCGUUGCUGCUAGGUUGCAGUGGUUCCUGAUUGGCACAAGCAAGUCCGACGAAUAACAGCUGUACGGGAAAGAUUUCUUUCAUCUUGUAGACAAUAAACGCGAGCGGUUAGGGAAGUGCUUAUUUUUCGUUUACAUAGUAAAACAAAAACACAAUAAAAUCGUUUUAAAAUAAUUAAA